AAAAAUCUAUAUGUCAAAAUAUGAAAAUUGCAAUAUAAAUUAGAUUUAUUUCAAUAUGUUAUAGAGCUUUAAUAAUUCACACCGAAAAAUUAGUUAUACAGUGACACACCCGUUGCGACAAGCCUCGCCCUACAAAAUAAUCUCACUUUAUGGACGUUUUUAAUUGAUCUUAAUUAUAACUAAUGCUAUAAUUUCCAAAAUGUUGUUAGACAUCAUAAUAAAAGCUUUAGAAGCUCCCUUGUAUACUUUUUAUCUUCAAUUUGGUUUCUUGCUCCUUUUGUUGUGGUUCAUAUUCUAUAACAAGCAUAAAACGAAUACAGUUUGUCCAUUGGAUGUUCAAAAAUGUAUUGAUUCGUGGCAACCUGAAGAACUUGUAAGUGAUGUGAAUUUAGAUAAUAAAUGCUUAUUUCCAAAAAUUGUUACUGGGCGUGUUGGACAUAAUAUAACAGUUGAGGGUAAAAAAUGCCUUAAUUUUGCUACCCAUGAUUAUCUUAGUUUACUAGAUAAUCAGUCUAUUAAUAAGGAUGCUAUUGAUAGCUUGUAUAAGUAUGGUGUAGGUUCUUGUGGACCUCGUGGUUUUUAUGGUACUGUAGAUGUACAUUUAGAGCUGGAGGAAAGACUGGCUAAAUACAUGAACAUGGAAGAAGCUGUUGUUUAUUCAUAUGGUUUCUCAACUAUUGCCAGUGCAAUACCGGCCUAUUCAAAACGCGGAGAUUUAAUAUUCAUUGACGAAAAAGUUAGCUUUGCAGCACAAAAGGGAUUGGAUGCAUCGAGGAGUACAGUUAUUUACUUCAAACACAAUGACAUGAAAGAUUUGGAAGAGAAAUUCAUACAACAAGAAAAAAAUGAUUUAAAGAAUUUAAAGAAGGCUACUCGAAGGCGACGAUUUUUAAUUGUUGAAGGAAUUUACAUGAACACCGGCAAUAUAUGCCCCUUGCCCGAGUUAGUUGAAUUGAAAAAAAGAUAUAAGGCUCGAUUAUUUGUGGACGAAACUGUAUCACUAGGUACACUUGGAAAAACUGGCAGAGGAGUGACAGAGUAUUUCAACGUAAAUAGAGACGACAUUGAUUUAAUUAUUGGAAGUCUUGAUUGGGCAGUUGCAUCUAUUGGUGGUUUUUGUGUGGGUUCAUCGUUUAUAGUGGAACAUCAAAGAUUAUCUGGUUUGGGUUACUGUUUUUCUGCAUCUUUGCCACCGCUAUUGGCUCGUGCAGCUAUAUCAGCAUUGGAUUAUUUUGAAGGCAAUUCACAUUUGUUCAAGAAUUUACAAGACCGUUGUAAACAAGUCCACAAUUCACUGCAGCAUUUAACGAAAUUGAAAGUGCAAGGAGAUGAGUUAUCACCAGUAAAACAUUUAUAUAUGCAAGAUGAUGACUUAUCAGUCGAGGAACAGGAUAAAUUUCUAACGGAUCUUAUAGAUAAGUGUGAAAACUCUGGUCUAGCACUAGUCAAGUCAGCAUAUUUAGAAAGUAUAGAGAAAUUUGUUCAACGUCCAAGUAUUCGUCUCACUGUAAAUAACACUCUAACAGCAAAGGAGAUUCAAUACGCAGCAGAAACAUUAGAACAAUUAUCAAGUGGAGUUUCUCUUUAUCAACAUUGAUAAAUAAGUACAUACCACAAGCUUAUCACUAUAUAGAUUAUUAUAAAUAUAUAAAAAUUAUAAAUUAAAGUCGAUUAUUGACAAUUAAAAUUUUUAACAAAA